AUGUUUUUCUCACACUUUGCCAAACUUGUGUCUGAAAGCAGUGAUGACAAGACAACUGGAUUUAAAAAUUAUGAAAAGAAAAAUGUGCUCACAGGAAUUAUCCUCUAUAGACAUCUGCAAGACUACCUUCUAACUGAAGAACAGUUACGUGAACAUAACUACCCUCAACCACACCCUGACAAACCAGGAAGUAUUCUUUUAAACUCAGGAAUGACAAAACCUCUUCUAAAUGAUGCCUCUAAGAAGAUCUGUUGUCGAUGUGGGAAAAUAUAUGGUGUGACUUCUUCAGGUAAACACAGUAGGGUAGAAGAAUGUAACUACCACUUCGGCCGAGUGUUGAGUCAUAAAGUGAGGGACUCAUCAGACUCCCCUGCCCAGGAUCGGCUCGUUCCUCAGUUACCACUCUGCUAUCUCCAAGCUGCUCUCAUCUCUCCGUGGUCGGCUGCAGCUCCUCAUUCCUUCAGCGUUGUCCACGCCGGCCGGCUUCACUCCCUCCCUCACCACCGCCACUCACCCGUGACCUUGAGGGUGCUGGUCCUCAGGGGCUUAGAAUCUCGAUACAGCUGUUGCGGAGGUGUCCUUGGAUCCCCUGGGUGCCAGGUCGCCAAGCUUCAUGUUCAUGACCAAAAAGAAAACCUAGAGGGCUUUGUGAAGACUUUUGACAAGGUCCCACCUGCUGAUGGUAAUCACGGUGUGUUUGCAAUACAUUGUGAGAUGUGCUAUACAACCAAAGGCUUGGAACUUGCUAGAGUGACAGUGGUUGAUUCCAGCCUCCAGGUGGUCUAUGGGACAUUUGUGAAACCAGAUGAAGAAGUCAUUGACUACAACACCAGGUUUUCUGGUGUGGCAGAAGAUGAUUUGAAGAACACAACGACGUCAAUUCGUGACGUCCAAGCCGUCUUGUUGAACCUGUUUAGUGCUGACACUAUAAUAAUCGGACAUAGCUUUGCAUAUAGUCUGUAUGCUCUUAAGGCUGUGCCCCUCUCCACUGAGUCGCAAGAUGGGAAAGCCUGGCUCUCCAGUCACCCCAAGUCCUUGUGGGAACCUCUCAGCACUCAGGCUGCCCUGACCCCGCACCAUGGUACUCUCUUGGUGGGAAAAUGUGGUCUCUGA